AUGAUGCCUUAUGCUAGCAGUAACGGCGCCAAUGGUGGCCCACGUUCAUAUAAGCAGCAUGAGUCGGAAAGCGCUUUUCUUGGCAGUAUGGUUGGAGAGCAGAUACUGCCACGAAUCAAUGUCACUCGCUCGGUGAUGCUAUCGGAAUUCGAUCAUCGUUUCAGGCGAAUAUUGAAACGAAUUUAUAGGAGUUUACAGCAGCACGAGAUUCGGGAAGAGAUAAUUGACGAACGACAACGAAUACAAUGGCAGUGGCAGCAGUUGGCGUCCGUUGUCGAUAGGCUUUUACUCGUACUAUUUUCACUAGCCACUUUGUUCACUAUUACAUUCUUCUUGUUGUUGCCGGUUGGUUUACGAGACGAAGAUGAACAUCUGAGGGUUUUCAAUUGA